AUGAUCAGAAGGUUAGAGGCUAGAUCUCUACAGGGGCAUGGUGCCCAUACAACUUCUUCCAAUUACACCAGUCUUCCCUCAGCUGACACGCUUGCUGGCUGCCAAACAAGCUGCGGCAAUCUGAGCUUUCAGUACCCAUUUGGCAUAGGACCUGAUGAUCGUUGCUUCCGGGGUCCUGACUUCAGGCUCUUCUGCAACGGCACCACUCAGGCCCCAAAGCUCUUAUUACACGAUGGUACCACAGAGGUUUCUAGCAGUAUUGAUAAUUUCGUCUACAACAGCUUUGGAGCCUCUUUUUCUCCAGCAAUAAUCCCCAUCAGGCCUGGUGUUCAUGUCUACAACAUGUCGCUCGAGUCUCCAGGGAAUUCUUUUGCUAUUAUAGAGAUCCUGGAGAUUUUCAUCGUUGGCUGCGACUUGGACGUGCUCUUGAAAGAUCAGCAGACAGGUUCCUUCAAACUCAUCUGCACGGUUAACUGCCCAAAUAAAACGGUCGCAGAGAUGGUGUAUGCGCAGGAUCCCAAUGGGGCUGGUAAUUGCUUCAUGUUCGCUGACAUACCUGUUCAAGCCCUUGAAUUUCAGUUUGUGCUUCACAAAAGGGCUAGGAGGACUGAAAAAGUCUCUAGUUUGAGCAUCCUAUGGGAUAGAAUCAAUAUAACUGUUAAUACUCCCAUGGAGUGGAGCAUCACUGACAACACAAGAUGCCCCAGCAACCAUGAAGACAGGAGGAACUCAGCUUGUGUUAGUGAACACAGUGGUUGCAGGACGCAGAUGUUCUUGGAUCAUGGUUAUGCCUGCCAGUGCAACAAUGGAUACGAGGGAAAUCCUUAUAUCUAUGAUGGCUGCACGAAUGAUAAAGGGUAUAAUCCAAAACCAGUAAAGGAGAAUUGUUCUCACCAGUGUGGGAACAUUGUUGUCCCAUUUCCUUUUGGCCUAGAGGAAGGUUGCUCUGCAAGGAGACUUUUCCAACUUAAUUGCUCAGACCCAGCACAUUCUGUCCUUCAAUACAAUGACCAGCUUUAUGUGACAUACAUAGAUGUGAGCGAGGGCCUUGUCAGCAUGCAAUUCAACUUAAGUUGGCAAUAUUUGACUACGGAACUGGAUGUGCUGAUAUAUUCUAAUGAACCUGGCCUAUUUGUGGAUCCUUUGGAAUCAGCCUCCGUGAAAUGGGCGGUUGCUAAUCUAACCUGCCAACUGGCAAAACAGAAUGCGUCUGGAUAUGCUUGUGUGAGUAACCAUAGCACUUGCCUCAGUGUUAUAAGCUCCUCAGAAGGAUAUGUUGGCUACAGAUGCAAAUGCUCACCAGGUUUUGACGGAAAUCCGUACAUCCAAGAUGGAUGUUAUGAUAUUGACGAGUGUCAGCGGUCGCCAGGCAUCUGCAGAGGUGUAGUUUGUCAUAAUACCAUAGGAAACUUCACUUGCACUGAGUGUCCUCGCAACACGAUUUAUGAUAUAGGUGCAAAUCAGUGCACACCAGCAUCAAAGAAAAACUUCAUGUUAGGUAUCAUAAUUGGUCUGAGCUCUGGUCUUGGCAUUCUUCUUCUAGGCUUAAGUGCAGUAGUGCUCAUCAGAAGAUGGAAAAGAAAUUCCCAGAAGAAACUAAGAAGGAAGUAUUUCCGAAAGAACCAAGGCCUUCUCUUAGAGCAACUAAUAUCAUCAGACGAAAAUGCAAGUGAGAAGACAAAGAUUUUCUCCUUAGAAGAGCUUGAAAAGGCAACAGAUAACUUUGAUACCACCCGUAUUCUUGGUCAUGGAGGGCAUGGCACAGUAUACAAAGGCAUCUUAUCUGAUCAACAUGUGGUGGCUAUCAAGAAGUCCAAGCUUAUCAAGGAUGGUGAAAUCAAUGAUUUCAUCAACGAGGUUGCAAUCCUCUCUCAGAUAAAUCACAGAAACAUUGUGAAACUCUUUGGGUGUUGUCUUGAAAGUGAGGUCCCUUUACUAGUAUACGAUUUCAUUCCAAAUGGUUCUUUGUUUGAAACACUUCAUGCUGAUUCUUCAUGUAGUGGAUCCUCGUUACCGUGGAAUGAUUGUCUAAGGAUUGCCACAGAAGCUGCAGGAGCCCUGUACUAUCUCCACUCUGCUGCCUCGAUAUCAAUCUUCCACCGCGAUGUGAAGUCCUCUAACAUACUCCUAGAUGGAAACUAUACUGCUAAAGUUUCCGAUUUUGGCGCUUCAAGAUCUGCCCCAAUUGAUCAAACCCAUGUCAGUACCAAUGUGCAGGGCACCUUUGGUUACUUGGAUCCAGAAUAUUACCAAACUGGGAAGCUAAAUGAGAAGAGUGAUGUUUACAGCUUCGGUGUGGUACUUCUAGAGCUUCUCCUGAGAAAACAGACAGUUUUUACGAAUGAGUCAGGCAUGAAGCACAACUUGUGCAACUAUUUCCUUUCAGAGAUCAAGACGAAGUCAGUUACAGAGAUAACAGCUGCUGAAUUUCUUGAGGAAGCCACAGUGGAGCAGAUUGAAAAGGUUGCAUCCCUUGCAGAGAUGUGCUGGCUGAGAGAUGAUGAAAGGCCUGCAAUGAAGCAAGUAGAAAUGACACUACAGCUUUUACUAGCAGAAAGCAUGAACUCAUCUCAUGUUCACACAGGAAACGUGCAAAACAUUCAGCCUUUGCUGACAAGAAGAGUUGUAGCUUCUCGCAUGCAAUCCUCAAUUGAACCAAAGGACAGAGGUAAUGUAGCACCUCAGGGCAGCUACAACUUCUUUAGCUUGGAGCGAGAGUUUUUAUCGUCAGCUAGUCUACCACGUUAGAUGAAUUAUUGGUAUUUAUUACUGGCUACUGUUGAAAUGGUUGGUUUUGCUUAUCCCUAUCAAAUCUUAUGUGCACAGAUAUAUGACUACAGUAAGUGCUUCAAUCUAAGAAGCUGAGCUGAAUGUUGUCUGGAACCUGUAAACGCUGAGCAUCGCGAUAUGCUGUUGCGUCUUUGUCUGAAGAAACCUAAAACUAUUUCUUUUUUUGGGUCC